AUGACAGAUGAAAGUAGAGACAAUGGUUUAGAGCAAGAACCUACACAAUAUAUUUUGGCUGGAUAUCCAGAUGUUAUGCUGUAUCCCUUUGCAAUGUUAGGGAUUCUGAUAAUAUUAUAUUAUCCUGUUCUUGUUUCAGUCCUUGCAAUGUACAUUGGCAGUACAAUCUGUGUCAUUUGUAGGAAAAUCUGUAACCUUCCAGAAGAUACAGAUAAUAAACUAUGGGACAAGACAAAGAAAAUCCUGACAACUCUGGCCUAUGUGUUGGGAAAGAUAUUACAUGGUUAUGAAAUUUGUGGAAUCGAAAACCUUCCAAAAGGACCUGCUGUUCUUGUUUAUUACCAUGGAGCCUUGGCAAUGGAUCAGUACUUAUUUAUGUUUACACUCUAUAGAAUUACAGGGAGAUUCUGCUUUUCUGUGAUGGACCAUUUCCUUUUUCAUCUACUAGGGUUAAAACAGUUUUUUCGUGUUAUUCACUGUAUUCAUCCUACAAGACAAGAAUGUGUGACACUUCUUGAGAAAGGACAUCUAUUAGCGGUUGCACCUGGUGGCAUUCGAGAGCAGAAUUAUGGAGACAACACUUACAAGCUCAUCUGGAGGCAGCGUAAAGGAUUUGCUCAAGUAGCCAUAGAUGCAAAAGUGCCCAUCAUUCCUAUGUUUACUCAGAAUAUCAGAGAGGGAUAUGUCAUAUACGGAAACAUAAGACCAAUGCAAUGGUUUUAUGAGAAAACACGAAUGUUAGUGUUUCCUAUGUAUGGACUAUUUCCAGUCAAAAUCCGGACACAUAUUGGACAACCAAUUCCAUAUGAUCCAAAUAUAACUGCAGCAGAAUUAGCUGAAAAGACAAAAAUCGCAAUUGAAGCUUUGCGAGACAAGCACCAGAAAAUACCAGGAAGCAUACUAAGUGCUUUGGGGGAACGUUUUGAGAUGCAUUGCAAAAAUGAAUAA